AUGGGGACAGAGAAGCCUGCGAGCAGCUCCGCCGGGUUCUGCAGCAGUUCCACGCACAGGGAAGAGGCGACUCAGAGCAGCGAGUGCCACGCGGCUCCUCCCGCCCAGAAGGAUCCCGGCGGGGCCGCCCCGUGUCCCGGCCCCGGAGGCCUCCCGAGAGCCCCCGGGCCGCACCCGCGGGAGCUCGGUGCUGCUCCGCUGUGCCAGCCCGGAUCUGUCAACCGGGGCCGCAGCAAAACCGGGGCUGUACAGCAGCAGCAGCAGCGGCGGCAGGGCCGGGCCCCUCGGCUGCGUCCCUGCCGGGGAGAGGAAACCUCAGGGCCGCGCGCUCUCCCGGGGCGCUCGGGCCCGCGAACCGCAGCGGCCGGGGAUCGGCCGGGAACCUCCCGGGGACCUCCCGGGGACCUCCGCGGACCCCCCGCCCCACCCCGCGCCGCGCCCGCUCCGCACCCGCCGCCUCCCGACGCGGCUCUCGCGAAGCAGCGCCCGCGCCCGGGCGAGCCGCGCGGCCUCGGGCCCGCCCCGCUGUGCCACCGCAGCCAAUCCGCGGGGCCCGCUCACCCGCCGCAGCCAAUCCGGGAGCCCCGCUGUGCCGGCACAGCCAAUCCGCGGGCCCCGCCGUGCCCCCGCCCCCCCCCCCCCGCCGUCCCGCAGAUGAUGGGACCGAACUGCGAUUUCCCGGUCACUCCUCACGGCAGCACCGCCCCGGGACCGCCGACAGAGCGGGACCGCGAGUCUGAGCGGCUCCGGGGAGCCUGCGGGGUCCGGGAGAUCGGGGGGUGA